AUGGCCACACGCUCCACAGACGGCUGGGCCGAGCAAUUCAGCUCAUACAUAAAUCGACACGAAUCACCACUAUCCGUGCUUUCUCCAAAUAAGGCGACAUCUUUGUGUUCGAAUGGGAAACUCCAAUCUGUCCUGGCCAAAGCCAAAGAAGUGAUCAAUUCACUCGACCUGAACCAUGAACCUAGGCUAGUUACGCUUGCAUUCCAUUUGAUUUAUACUCGUGCCAAUGAUACGCGAGAGUCUUUGGACAUUAUCCGCAAGCACAUGGCUUAUAUAGUGAAAUUGGCCACCAACCAGAAGCCUGAUUGCAGCCGUCAGGAAUUGUCGCUCUUGGCUGGUGUAUUGUGUGACUCUAAAAAGCUAGAUACUCUCAAGUGGCCGCAACUCCUUCAUUGCCACUUAAAUCGUAAAAAGUUUCCGCCAUCUAUCGUGGCUUCAUUCUACUUCUUUGUCGUACAAGGAGUUCUUCAGGAUGUGUCGACACUGUUGCAUGUCCUAGUCCUGGAUUCCUCAAAGCAAUCAAUUUUGUGGGAUGUUGCAAGAAGUUUUUUGUCUGCAUCUCGUUUUAGUCUGGCGAUUGUUGAUGCCGGUCCUGCUCUGCAAGCCAAGUACCUCAAGAAUAAACUGAAGAUGCUUCUGGGGUUCAUUAAAAUUACCCUGUUUCUUCUGAGCAAAAAGCCUUGCGAGAAUUUGACAACGCUCGCUUUAGCAUGGGAACUCAAACUAUUGGAGACAGAAUAUUUACUCGGACAAACGCCAUCAAACGACGAGACGAUACAGAAGUCUGCAUCAAAUUCGACACUCAAAGAGUUCGUUGAAGACUACCAGAAUACACUCGGCAUAGCUCAUGCGGUCUCCAAGUCUCAGUCUUUGACGACAACUGCCACCUCCGCUCCUCUACUUCUGCCUCCUAAGAAGCUCAAAACACCUCAGAAGGAUUCUCAAGACACUGAAAUUAACCUCAAGAUCAACAAAUACUCGGAACUUCUACGCCAGGAACAUUUAGAACUGGAUUCAACACUAGAAAUUAUCUCUUUCUUGAAGUUUUACAAAAAAGAUGGAUUCACCUUGGGUAAAAUGCUACACGCUCUUCUUCCAGAUCUAGUGCUGAUAUUGAAGAAACAGAAUUUGGAAGCGCAGAUUCUGCAAUUAUCACGACUCUGCUUCGAGUUCGGGAACUCUCAUACCUCACACUUUUCCUUACAAUACUCCGCGAUUCUAGACAUGUCAUCCUGCUUGACCAUUCAAAGUCCAAGGGAUCUCAAAAGAACCCGGAAGCGCAUAGAGUUUUCCUUGUGGAAAAUUAUCAAAUCUGAUUACACUGAGCUUUGUAAAAAGUUGACUGUUGCAUAUUUCGAGUCUGUUCAUGAACUAGACAUCGACUCUUCGGUGUGCCGUUUGGUGUCCGAAUUGAUUUCCAAAGAUCUGGAGCUGGUUUUUUUAUUCUUUGGUGCCUCACUGCGCUUUUCACCACAGGAACAGUCAGAUCUAUUUGACCAGAUCCUUCCUUCACUAGCCGAAACGCUCUCAGAGGAACAGCAUCACAUUCCAAAAAAGAUCUACACUCAGAUUGGAACGAAUUGCUCGUUAAGUUCUAUCUUGAAGAUGGCUAUGCUUUUCAAGAUGCAUGUUGAUGUUGCUGACAUCGAAGUGAGCACAACAACUGAAUCUCUAAUGGUCGCGACAAUUGAGACCUACAACUUAGUGAGAGGGUAUUUUCGAAAGGGCUUAUUGAAAAAAAUAUAUUGUCUCGUUUCGGCAUGGCUAGAAGAAGAAACGUCAGAUGCAAAGAGUGAAGAAGCGCUCUUCACGCAAGCAUUGAAUAAUCUCUUUGAGGCCGGAUUUUACAGCAUGUCCCGUGAGAUCAUUGAGAAUGUGUCAAAAACCGGGCGCACGUUCGAUUUAUCAUCUCGGUACGAUCUCGAUUUACUUCACUGUCAAUGCAUGGUGAAAAUGAAACAAUUGGACCAGAUCCCAUUCCUCUUGACAGAGGCCGGGGCAACCCUAAAGAAAUUGAAUCAAUCGCAAGAUCACCCUCCUGUGUCCGCCAGCGACGCUAUUCGCUGGAAAUUUCAGCAAAUAGAGUAUUUCUUUGCGACAAAUGACACACAAAAACUUGAAACAAAAUUGAUAGAAGUGAAUGGAAUCAUGAGAAAGAAUGAAUUCCUGCUCGAUUCAAGUUGCUCCUCGAUGUCACUAGAAGAUCGAUUGAAUAGUAUAUUGGCCCUCGCGCAAUAUCUGCUAUACGCAUCGAAUUAUCACUUCGAUACUGGUAGCUUUGGGAAUGCUGGAAGCAAUGUGCAGUUUUCUUUGAAGCUUGUCAGGUCUCUUUUAAGAAGGUCUGAUGAUGCACCUCAAUCUACGAUCUCAAGAAGCCUUAAUAUGAUGCGAGCAGCCCUAAGAUUAGCUUUCAAAGUUUAUAGCCAUGUCGGUCUAUCUAGAGAAGCUCUCAAAUAUUUAAAAGAUUUGCAGAAGCUAGGCGAGAGCGGGCUCUCUCCGAUCAAAUCGAUCUGCGAUCAUUUCCACCUCAGCACUUCCUUUGUCUAUGCUGGCCAAAAUGGUAUCGCAAAUGCCAUUCACGACCACCACAGUGCCAUGAAAAAACAAUUUGAUUUCUUGGCCCUUGACUUCUGUCAGAAUAUGUCAUUAGCAGCACUUGAAAGCAAAAAAAUUGAAAAAACACUGGAAGAUGAGCUGGCUCUUCAAGUUGCGUUUGAAAUACUCAGCUCAUAUAUCUCUGCAUCAUCAAACCCAAACCAAGCUUUGUCCCCCGUUGAAGUCAAUGAUGCUAUUCUUUGUUUGAGUCUCUGCUGCUCUUCCAAAACCAUAGGUGAGAGCUCCUAUGUCAGCGAGAUGGCAAAGGUAAAUAAAAAGGUCAUGUUAUACAAGGCAGUGAACGUUCUCCGAUAUGAAAUGGAAACCAUAACUGUUACUCACAAAGCAAAAAUCGUCACUCUCAGUAAUUCUGGUUGCCCUGUUCUUCCCUCCGCUCCAAUCCAGACGACAAAUUCGGCUACGAUAAACUGGUUGAUAGAGUGUAAAGACUGCUUGUUGAAAAUGACUCGAGCCGAUUACAUUUCUUGCCUUGAUACUCGCCAGAAACAAGAGGUAUAUCAUUUGCUCAGGCUUUGCUUGAUGACGCUCUCAUGCACGUUAUCAGAGAAUCAGCUUGCUUCUGAUACUUCCGAUCUUCUUCUCACUCUCGAAGAUUUGUCCAGAGAUAGUCCGUACCACCUUCACCACGAAGUUUCCGGCCCGACAGAAAAUGAUGUUCCCGAAAUUUCGCCAAGCGUGAAUGAAUCCACGCUGCUAAUUCAAGGUUCUGUCUCAACUGAACAUUUGAAGACACUCCUUCCGAAAGGAUGGACAAUUAUUUCAUUGGAUAUCUGCUCAAUUAGUGGUGACUUGUUAGUGACGAAAAUUCAUCUGGGACAGGCGAAGCCAAUUCUCGUUAAUAUUCCUUUCAGUCGCGUAUCAUUUGGAUGCUCCUUUGAGGAUGUUUCGCAAAAACUCAAAAAUAUAAUAGAACAAAGCAACAAAUCUACCAAGUUUGAUGUGACCUCACUUGUCAAGACAAAAGAAGAUAGAAAGAACUGGUGGAGGCUUCGCUUCAGCUUAGACCUUGAGUUGCAUGAUUUGCUCGAAGGGCUUGAUGAGAGAUUAUUUGGUGGGCUUCAAAGCGUGUUCGGAACCAAUGCGUCAUAUUCUUCAGCUCCUAGGGCAUUUGAACGUGAUAUGAGCUUUAUGUGGAGAGAUAUCUUCAAAAGCUUGCCCACAGAUUGGACUAUCGAUAGAACAGUUUUGGACUUGUUCUAUGAUUUGAACCCAUUUGACCCCCAAGGCUUCUACAAAGAGAAGCUAUUGGAAGAUCUCAUUGAGUUCACAUGUCCAAGGAUGAAUAUUAUGGCAACCCCGGACCAGGUAUCGAAUUUGGCACAUAAUUUGGAGCCUCUCUAUCAAAAGAAUAGAAAUACUGAUCGAAAGGGACAUACUGUGCUCAUCCUCGGGGACCAGUGUUCACAGAUACCUUGGGAGUCUAUGAGCUGUUUAAGGGGCAAAUCUGUGUCGAGAAUGCCUAGUUACAAUAUGGUUCAAGACAUGCUCGAAAAACAUCAUCAAUUUCUGAAAAUUGAUGAAGAUGAACAAUCUUCUAGUAUUUCAUAUGUCGUGAACCCUGGUAUGGAUCUCAAACGCACAGAGUCAAUGUUCGGACCGCUUUUUUCAAGUAUGAAGCACGCAUCAGGAAUAUGCGGGAGAGUACCGACGGAAAAUGAAUUGCGUUCUCUCAUUAUCUCUUCUAAAGUGUAUGUGUUCAUGGGCCAUGGUGGCGGUGAGCAAUACAUGCGAUUGUCUUCUUUGACCAAAGGACUUGAGACUGAAAGGCAAGGCACUACUCUUCCACCCGCUCUUCUCAUGGGAUGUUCUUCGUGCGCCUUCGAAUCCAAUGGCCGACUUCCAACCCUGAGCAAUGUGUUCGAAUGGCUAGUUCGAGGUUCGCCAGCAGUUGUUGCCAAUUUGUGGGAUGUCACAGAUAAGGACAUCGACUCAUUCACCAUGGAAUUGUUGCAGAACUGGGGACUUCUUCAUAACGAAGAGCCGAUGAACUUGAGCGAUGCAGUGAAAGAAAGCAGAAAUGAGUGUGUGCUCAAAUACUUGAAUGGAGCUGCGCCUGUUGUUUACGGGCUUCCAUUGUAUUUCGACCAAAUCUAA